GAAGCUGCAUUCUACUCAUCAGACGGGUGCAUGCGUUCUCUAGCAGGAAGCAAGUGCAGCCAGCAAAAGUAGCUGUUUGUGGUGUCUGAUCUGACCUCUUCGCAGUAUUUCAAGUGAGACUUUUUCUUUGAGGAGCAAUGAAUACACUCAGAUAUUGUUUCUUUGCUGUCCUGAUUCUCAGUGUCUCACUUCCAUUUGUCUUUUAUGCUGUUAAUCUGCAUGCACAAAAAUCUCUUAGGAGGCUGAACUUCUCGGUGAGUUCAACUUUAGCAGAAGCCUGUAAAGCACUUAUUGAAGAUAAGGUGCCCUUUCUGAAGGAAAAUGCUUUAAAAACAUCAUUCAGAGGAUCCAGUUGCACAGAGUACAUCACACAGAACCACUAUAUCACCCGCGCCCUCUCGGCUGAGGAGGCCGCCUUCCCCAUUGCCUACAUCAUGACCCUGCACAAGGAGUUUGAGACCUUCGAGCGGCUCUUCAGGGCGGUGUACAUGCCCCAAAACAUCUACUGCAUCCAUGUGGACACCAAGGCACCGGCCCCCUUCCGGCAGGCGGUGCGGCGCCUGGUGGGCUGCUUCCCCAACGCCUUCCUCGCCUCCCGGGCGGAGCGGGUGGUCUACGGCGGCGCCUCCCGCCUGCGGGCCGACCUCCACUGCAUGAGAGACCUGCUGGCCUCGGCCGUGCCCUGGCGCUACCUGCUCAACACCUGCGGCCAGGACUUCCCCUUGAAGACCAACCGGGAGAUUGUCCAGCUGCUCAAGGGCUUUGGGGGGAAGAACAUCACCCCCGGGGUGCUGCCACCCCCCCACAUCACUGCCCGCACAAAAUAUGUGCACAGGGAACAAUUAUACUCUUUCUUUUCUUUCAUGCUGUGGACAUUUGUGCACAAGGCGCCCCCACCCCACAACAUGACCAUCUACUUUGGCUCUGCGUACAUUGCCGUCACCCGGCCCUUCGUGGAGUUUGUGCUGCAGGACCAACGUGCCAUCGAUCUGCUGGCAUGGUCCGAGGACACCUACAGCCCUGAUGAGCACUUCUGGGUGACGCUCAACAGGAUCCCAGGUGAGUACACCUUCACUUCUGUUUUCUGUAGAUACAUGUAUGCACCGGUGAGCACAGGCACGCACACACAGAGACAUGUAUCUAAGGCUGAUUUUGACAAAGCCUAG